AUGGAUGGAGUAAGUGACGAGCUGAUCUUGAAACUAGCAGAGGAGAUAGGGAAUGCCUGGAAUUUGCGGAAACUAGCUCUGAAAUUGGGGUUUUCGUUGUCGGAUGCAGAUAUUUUUGUGAAAACCAACCAGCUGAAUGGAAGAGUGACCAGUGAAGGAACAUUGGAGAUGCUUCGGCAAUGGAGGAAUAACACCCCAGCAGAUCAACCUAGUACAAAUGGAGACCAGAGAGAAGAACAUACCCGCAAAAGGUUUCGAAGUGAGCUCAGUGAUACCAUUGUGGAAAAGGAUGACAUUCCUACUAUACAAGUCGUCGUCGGUUUCGUGCUAAGAGAACUGGAAAGUCAAUACACAGAUUCUCGGAGAUUCCAGGAAGUCACCCCACUACAUGAACAAGGCUUUCUCCCAUUACUCAAACGUCGAAACGGAUACCAAAGCUCAUCAUCUGCACUCGAGAAUUCUCGCCACGACAUCUUCACAGCACAGCUCGCGAGGAAACAACUACGGAGGAUCGUCGUGUCGCACAACAGCCCUGUGGAGAGCACGGCAUUGUGUCAUAGUCUUGCGUAUGACUGGGCGACGCAGAACCGGUCCUCCCGCCUGUCAGAGAUGCAAUUCCUCUUCGAGUUAUCAUGCAGUGAAAUCAAACCCAACCAGACAAUCGAGGCUGCAAUCAAGGAUCAGCUGUUCUCUAAAUGUGACCAAAUCGACGAAACUCUAAUCAAAGAGUUGAUCGAAAAGAUGCCAGAUGGAGUAACGAUACUCCUUGAUGGAUACAACGGCAACAAUGUCAUGGAAGACAUCUUGACAGGGCGUACCCUCAAAGAGGUAACAGUCAUGGUCACGGCCAAACCACGCUCUGCAAACCUGCUCCAUCGGAUGGCAUCGGGCGUGUAUGAUCACAUCGACAUGUACUGAACUGCUAAAUAGGCUCGACCCGUUUGUUUGUCCUUCAACGUGUUGAAGUACAGCAAUGGUAUCUUUGAACUGAAUAAACAUUUUCAUACCUGCCAGCAUUUGGGAAAUAUGCAAAAUGUAGACAACCAACGGCGGGGUCCUGGUGCAGAGCGCCUUGCAGGGGUCCGAGGGCCAGCGCCCUCUGCAGCUCGUGGAUCUUUAGCGACUUUAGGGCCAAGGAAAAGCGACUUCCAUGCUUCAUGUUUUUUAGUGCAUUGUAGGUGGGCUUGUACAUUUAUUUCACCUUACCCAUGUUUUUUUUUCCGAUCAUGAAAUUUCGGUCAUCUGAAUGUGCGGAUAUUUGACCACUUUGAAAGUCAAAAAUUUUGAGAAUCCAUAUAAUAUCUGAAAUGUUGGCAGGUCUGCAUUUGUGACCAACAGCAUUUACAAACGUUCAAAACCCAUUCAGUGUUCCAGCCAUGUGUACAAUCGAGAGUUCGACACUCAUUUGAGGUAAAAUGCAAAUAGCCAGGAUUUUGAGAGAAUAGGGAGUUUUUGCAAGAGCUACGGAGACUAUUUCUGCAACGUUGAAAAAUCUAUUGUCAAUUGCUUUUUAUGACGAUGAAGUCUCUGUUGAGGGUCAGUGAAUAUCAAAUCUUUUGUAUAGAAUUAACUUCAAUACAUCUAAGAACUGAGCAUUUUAGAAAUUUGCAGGUAAUUUGAUCCAUCGGCAUAUUUAAAAGAUUGACAAAAGGGUUUAAUUUUUGGUUUUGGUGGUACAACAUUGAGGGAGUUAGCGUUAUGAGUGUUUAACCGAUGCCUGUCGAAGUACAUUUUUAUAUCAUUACAUAAUGGGAUGGGGCAAGACUACAUGAAUACAUUAGUA